AUGUUUGUCCAUGGUACAAUCGAACCCCUUAGGCCCUACAAAGUUCCUACCAAAGAAGAAAAGUGUGAUCUUAGGUACUGCCGUUAUCAUCAGUUUGUGGGUCAUCUAACCACUGAUUGUCUAACUUUGAGGAAAAUCUUGCACGCCGAGAUACAUGACAGAACUAUUGAGCUGCCCUCUAGGAAGCAAGCUUUUGACGAAAACCCCUUGCCAAAACGAAGGGGAAAGGAGAUGGCUGUUGUCAUUACAUGCUAUGAUGACUUGCUCGAUGACGACGUAUUGUGUCACCAGUGGAAGAAUGAUCCAAAGCCAUUGGAGGAUAUUUGGAAAACUUGUGGAAAUAUGGAGGAAGCUUGCUGGUGUAAAUAUUCAAAACCUUCAAGUUAUAACACCCUGUGGCCACUUGCUGAUGGAUGGGAGGAUGGUUCUAGCAGCGAAGUAUUCACAUUGGACAUGCUGGAAGAACGCCACUUCGGGGCUUCAUUUGGUCAACAAGAUUAUCUAGAGACAGCUGCCGUAACCUCUCAUAAGAGUCGCAAAUCACUCUCUAAUUAA